ACGAGCAUUCAAUUUAGGUUAGUUCGUCGUGUUAUUUUUAUACCGCCUCCGCACACCUCAGAACCCCCUAAACAAUUAAAAAAAUCAUCAAACCACUUCACUGCACCUCCACAUGCCUGAUUAAACCUAGAAUAAGUGCCCCAUAAAUUCAGUGAGAAAUGUCGUUCCUCGCGCGGACGAGGAUGUUCGCCAGAAGCUGUGACUUCAUAGUGCAGACGUCGGGAGUGAACAAACUGACUCCCAAUGUAAUUGUCAAUCACAUCAGAAUAAAGGGAUUCCCUUCGGUGUUACAACUCAGACUUCAAAGCACUGAAGAAUCUCACGUUAAAACGAUCUACGAGGGGACGCUGACCAAGAAAAUGAAGGGCGUGAAGAUCUUCUCGUUGUCCACCUCCCUCGCGAGUAUCCUGAUGCAGCCGUACCUCCUGCCGAAGGUUCUGGCUACUGACAGCACAAUUGCUCUCGUUGGUGUUGCCCUCACGACUGGAUUCUUCAGUGUCGGGACUCCUUUUCUGCUCAAUCUCAUCACGAGAAAAUAUGUCACCAGGAUGACGUAUGAUGAAAAGAGGGAUGUCUAUAUCGCCACUGUUUACAAUAUUUUUGUUAGAAAGAGACAGAUUGAAUUCACUCCGGACGACGUGUCAAAGCCAGGAAUGCGUGAGAUGUUAACAACCUGCUACGUACACAACACUCCCCUCUUCUUUGACUUUCAAAGCUUCACAGAGAUCGCCCACUACAAUAGAAUUCUCGGCUACGACAAGCCCAUGGACUUCCAGUUAAAUGAGCCAGAAGCCCUCAAAUCUGUGCCCUGUGACAAGCCAAAGAAAGAUUGAAUAUAACUAGUUCACAAUUCAA